UUUGUUUACUUACUGAGAUUUGUGAGUUUUCAAUUUCGUUUGCGGAAAGAGAAAGAUUCCCAGAAUUGUCUUUUCAAAAUAAAAAUGGCAUUUUUAAAUCGUGAUGCUCAUCUUUUCGAUUCCGGCAGAAGCUCUUCGACGAUGAGGGAAGCAUUGGUGCCAAAAGUGCGUGCCGUCGUGGAGGAAUCGCAGGAACUGGUUCCUCAGGCAGCAGUGCAUUUCCAGCUGCGAUGGCGCUACAAAAACUUUCCAGCCUACCGUGACGAGAUGCGAGAAGGAGAAACAACCUUCUCCGAUGGCAUCACGAUGACGGAACUCGGCGUGAAGACCUUCAAGGGACGCUGUCGCCUGCGCAUCACACCUACCGAUCGCGGACUUUACGGUCCCGUAGUACGUGCUACCGUGUGCUUCACGGAUGAAGAGCUGCAUUCCACCCGCUACACCGGAGAACAGACCAUCCAUGUGAAAUACAAACUGACGAUUGGCACGGAUACACAAUCAGUUGCGCGCGGUCAUUAUGUGAAUGGACAGUGGUCGGAAAUGCAGAUAGUAUCCAAGCACACUCAACAUGACGCGACUAAUUCAUCUGGUGCGGCUAGUGCAGCAGCCUGUGACCAUUCGGAAUUAAAAGGCGACUGUGUGACUAUUGUGGCCGAUGCCAUUGUGUAUCCUAGACCAGAGAAGGUGCAUAAGGUCUCCAAAACCACUGACUCGAUUCGGGACAAUCAGGGCCAUGCGGCCUGAAUUCUGUUGGAAUGGUUGCACCACUGGACUGGGGAAUAUGGAAUACAAAGAGUUGUCGAGGCGUUGACACAUUUCCAGUACAAGUACUCAUCAUGUUCUGCAUUACCGCUUAGCCAGUAUCAGCAUUUGCCAAUAUCAAAAUCAGUUAGCGUCUUUGGAAACUGUAUGCGUUGCUUUCAUUGUUUUCUAUAUUCGUUCUUCUCAUUAUUUUGUAUUUCUUCUGUCUCAUUAAUGGAUUCUUACCUAUGUUUUGAUUUACGU